CAAAAGGCAAAGUAUAGUAGACCCGAAAAACAAUCUCUUGGUAGCCUUUUCAUCUCUCUUGCAUCACAAGUAAACCUCUCAUCAUUCAUUUCCACACAGCACUGAAACUCGAGCAUUUGCUCUCUCGAAUCCCAUUUCCCUAGCUAAAAGGUUCGGAAUUCCACAACAACAACAAAAGACCUAUUUUGUGAAUCUUUUCUCUAAAUUAAGAGUUAUUAGGGCAAAUUUCUACAUAGCAUGGGCUACAUCUCCAACAACAACCUCAUCAACUAUUUGCCCCUCUCUACUACUCAACCUCCUCUUCUUCUCACCCACUGUGAUAUUAACGGCAAUGAUCACCAUCAGCUCAUAACCGCAUCAUCAGGAGAACACGAUAUUGAUGAACGGAAAAACAACAUUCCUGCGGCGGCGACUUUGAGAUGGAAUCCGACGCCAGAGCAGAUCACGACGCUAGAAGAGCUUUACAGAAGCGGAACACGGACGCCGACGACGGAACAGAUCCAACAGAUAGCAUCUAAGCUUCGUAAAUAUGGGAGAAUCGAAGGGAAGAACGUUUUCUAUUGGUUUCAGAAUCAUAAGGCUAGAGAGAGACUAAAACGCCGCCGUCGUGAAGGUGGUGCUAUUAUCAAACCACAUAAAGACGUCAAGGAUUCAUCAUCAGGUGGUCAUCGAGUUGAUCAGACAAAGCUCUGCCCAUCUUUUCCACACACAAACCGACCACAGCCACAGCAUGAAUUAGAUCCUGCGAGUUACAAUAAAGACAACAAUGCUAAUAAUGAAGAUCAUGGGACGACUGAAGAAUCUGAUCAGAGGGCAUCAGAGGUUGGUAAAUACGCCACAUGGAGAAAUCUUGUUACUUGGUCGAUAACUCAACAACCGGAAGAGAUUAAUAUCGACGAAAAUGUCAACGGAGAAGAAGAAGAAACGAGGGACAACCGGACUUUAAAUCUCUUUCCGGUUAGGGAGUACCAAGAGAAAACAGGCCGGUUGAUAGAGAAGACGAAAGCAUGCAACUACUGUUACUACUACGAGUUCAUGCCUCUGAAGAACUGAAACAAAAAACCCAUGUGUGAAUAAUAAAUAGGACUUUAAUGAAGGUUUUAUUUGUUGUUUUGUCCACGAAUGGUAAGUGAUGUGUUCUUAUAAUAGAAGAGAAGCGUUUGAAGAUGGAGACGUGUAGUAAAUGUUAUAUAGGAGCGUUUGAAGAUUAUUAUUGUUAGUUAUUACCCAAAUGAGAAGGUGGACCAUGUUGGGGCUUGGGUUUGGAGUUGCAACUAUCUAUACAUAUGUCUGAAAGUGAAACUGAAAGCUUCGAUGGUUCCUUGUCAAUGUAAGGAAUAUAUAUUAAUUAGAUGUUUGUUAGUAAU